CUUGACAUGAGUGCUGACACUGACAGCAACUGACAGUCUGCUCUUGUCUUUUGUACUACCACUCGGGAUCAAGUUAGAUACGAGGUUAGAAAUUGCAAUAUGAGAAUGGAGAAUAGCGAAAGCACAAGUGAGCCGGCGGCUGUAGAAUUAAGACUGACCAAAUCAAUCCCUGUUGAAAAAAUGAUGUGACAAUCAACAGGCAGCUAUCAAAAAUGCAGCACAAAAAAGAGAGAACAGUCUUUUAUCUCCUACUGAACGUAUUGUUCUCGAUAGCGAUCGUUCUUCUCAACAAAUGGCUGUACGUACACACGGGAUUUCCGAAUGUAACCCUGACGAUGAUACAUUUCAUCGUGACAUUCAUCGGUCUCGUAAUAUGCGAAAAAUUCGAUAUUUUUUGUAUAAAAGAUGUGGCAAUAGGAGAAAUGAUUGUCAUAGCAAUGACAUUUUGUGGCUUUGUCGUGUUGACCAAUCUGAGCCUUGCUCACAACACUGUUGGUACCUAUCAGGUCGCUAAAAUGCUCACCACCCCCUGUGUCAUCGUCAUACAAAUCUUAUUUUACAACAAACACUUCAGUAAUCUUGUGAAAUUAACUCUUCUUCCCAUCGUCGUUGGAGUUUUCAUCAACUUUUACUAUGAUCUACGUUUCAAUCUUGCUGGAACUCUGUAUGCUACUCUCGGAGUCCUUGUUACCUCUCUCUAUCAAGUUUGGGUUAACAGUAAACAGAAAGAAUUUCAAAUGAACCCGAUGCAACUCUUGUAUUAUCAAGCUCCACUCUCGGCGGUCAUGCUCAUUCCAAUCGUACCCAUAUUAGAGCCUAUCGGAGAUACUUUUUCUCAUGGAUGGACACUCGUGGAUAUUCUGAUGAUACUGCUAUCGAGCGUCGUCGCGUUUUUUGUCAAUCUCACCUCCUACUGGAUAAUAGGACACACUUCGCCGCUCACUUACAAUAUGCUGGGACACACUAAAUUCUGCCUACUCUUGUUGGGAGGUUCUAUCGUCUUUCAAGAAUCUCUUGACCUUAAUCAAGCAAUCGGCAUCAGCUUGACUAUGAUCGGGAUAUUGCUAUACGCGCGUGUCAAGAUGAGAGACAACCGACGCGCCGCCGUUGCGGCAUUGCUCGACUCCCGAGGAACUGGGGCAAACAAAGGAUCUUACGCCAUUUAAAUUUAGUCGCACGCUCUGAAAAAAAAAUUUUUCUUUUCAGUCACGCUUGUAAAUAAUAACCCUAAUUUUUAUUUCUUGAAAUCAUUCCUCUGCUGCAAAUAUAAUGUAUCAUCAUUCAGGCUGCGACCCCUCGGGUCUUUAUCGCGUGAUUGCAAUAAAAACGAAACGGGUUAAUGCUCGCGGAGCCUCGGCGAGCGAAUUAUAAAAUUGAGUCGAUCAACGUGUAUUCAAAAACGCGAUACCCUUUGAAUAUAUAUAAAUGUACAUUAUGUAUACGAAUAAGCAUAUUAUUUUCGGAAAAUGUAUGAGGCAAAUAAAUUGUGUAGGGAAGUGAA